AUGGACGACAUCAGCCUGCACUUCAAAAAUAUCACAGCGGAAAAUAUCCAGGUGAUACCGGACCUCGUCGACGAACUAGAAGCAGUGGGCAUCAUCGUCAACAGGGGGAAAAGCUCAGCGCUUCCCCCACCAGGGCACGACGUGACGCCAGCAGAAAGGAGGCUACUUGGCGAUGCAGGCCUACCGAUUGCGGAGGAGGGCAUCACAGUUGUGGGAGUCCCCAUUGGGACGGAUGCCUACGUCGAGGAUAUCGCAAUGAAAGUGAUAACUGAAGGGGGUGCAGACAAGCUUGCUCGCAUGCUGGUGCGCAUGCCAGACAAACAGGUGGCUCACCUCGUCACAUCACAAUCGCUGACACAGCGAUCCGGAUAUAUCGAGAGAGGCAUCAAUCAUAAGCUAGUGAAAGGGGCUUGUAAACGCCUGGACAAUAUGGUGAUGUGGGUCCUAGAGGCAACGAUGGGGCUCAGAGAUACCGAAGUCGAAGAAAAGCGCGCCUGUCGACAGGAGCCGGAGGACUAG